GCCUGUGCAGUGACAGGUCACAUGACUUCGCUGACCCAAAACACUGCAAGCUCCCUGUAAUAAACUGCCGGAAAAGACAGUUUGGGUUAAUUAGGCGUUUUAAAUCGAAGUAAAUUACCUAAUAAUGAUUUGUGUGUGUUGUUUUUUGAAGUUAAAAGUAAUUUCUGGACUCACAUGAUAUUACGGGGGUGGCCAAAGCGCGCCUGUUGAAAAAUGUGGCUGCCAUUACUUAGUGCGGUGUUGCUAGCAGCUGCUUUUUACAUCACAACAACGUCCUCCUCUUCAGGCAACGCGUGUGUUUCCAGAAGCUUCGGCCAUGACUCGGUGGUGUGUGAGUGUAAUUCCACGUACUGUGACAGCGUGGGCUCCGUGGUGCUCCCACCGGUGGGUCACUACGCCUCCUACCUGAGUAGCAGGCAGGGCAGCCGGCUAGAGGCCAGCCAAGCUCCCGUCAGGCUCAACAGCACCGGGGGCCUGAGACUGACUCUUCUUCCAUACAAGAAGUAUCAGACAAUAAGAGGAUUUGGUGGAGCUCUGACAGAUGCAGCGGCCAUGAACAUCCUCUCGCUUUCUGCCGGAGCACAGGACCAGCUGCUGAGACAGUACUUUUCCACUGAAGGUAUCGGCUACAGCGUUGUACGUGUUCCAAUGGCCAGCUGUGACUUUUCCACUCGUCUGUACACCUACGCUGACACAGUUGGGGACUACAACCUGGAUAAUUUCACACUAACCCCUGAGGAUGUAAACAUGAAGAUCCCUCUCCUGCGUCGUGCCCAAGCCAUGUCUCCACGUCCCUUGUCUCUGCUGGCCAGUGCCUGGAGCGCCCCCGCCUGGAUGAAAACAAAUGGUGCACUGAUAGGAAAAGGUUCUUUGAAGGGACAACCAGGCGGGAAGGAGCAUAAAACCUGGGCUCAGUACUAUAUCAGGUUCCUUGAGGAAUAUUCCAAGUAUAAUUUGACCUUCUGGGCCGUGACCACAGGGAACGAACCCACAGCAGGCCUGAUGACAAACUACAGUUUCCAGGCCCUGGGUUUCACUCCUGAAGAGCAGAGGGACUGGGUGGCUUUGGACCUGGGCCCCGCCCUUCACGCGUCCUCAUUCCCGCACACGCACGUCCUCUUGAUGGACGACAACCGCCAACUGUUGCCUUACUGGGCCAAAGUGGUCCUGGGUGAUAUCCAUGCAGGACGUUACAUCCACGGCGUGGCGGUCCACUGGUACUUGGACAGAUUGUUCCCUGCCGCGCCCACCCUGGGGGCGACCCACACUUUGUACCCGGAGUAUUACCUGUUUGGCACCGAGGCCUGCGCGGGCUGGACGGCGCUGGACCGGGGCGUGAUGCUGGGCAGCUGGCAGAGGGCGGAACAAUACGCUCACGACAUCUUGGACGACUUAAACCAUCACGUGACAGGCUGGACUGACUGGAACCUGGCACUGGACCAGACAGGCGGCCCAAACUGGGUGAAGAAUUUUGUCGACAGCCCCGUCAUCGUGGACGCCCAGCGUGACGUCUUCUUCAAGCAGCCCACCUUUUACAGCAUGGCCCACUUCAGUAAGUUCCUGCAUGAGGGCUCUCAGAGAGUGGGCGUGUCCCCCAGCGGGGAGACGGAGCUGGAAUUCUCCGCCUUCAUUCGACCCGACGGCGCAGUCGUGCUCAUCGUACUCAACAGGUCGUCUGCGGACGUCCCGUUUGAAGUGUGGGACCAGACUGUGGGCUACGUGCCCUCCACGGCGCCACCGCACUCCUUACUCACGCUAGCCUGGUACACUCAGGGAUUCAACCUGUAAUGUCGCUUUUCACCAAAAGCUGCUCACGCUCCUCCUGGUGGGCCACUUCCUCCUCCUAUAAUUAAGAAGACAGGACAGCUGGGUGCUCCUUUUUGUGUGUCUAUCAUGUUGAAGGAGUGAGGAGUGAAACAGUUUAUUUACCGCUCAAUAAGUUAUUUUGAUUAUUAUGAAGUCAACCACGGAGAAUAUUUUUUGUUUGUGAAAAUAAAUUAUGAUCAUUUGGAAUCUC